AGACUGUAUCUGACGGUUUCACUGCUAGUUGGUGUGUGUCACUGCUGGGAGGCGCAUGUGGAUCCAGUCAAAGCCAUCCAGGGUAGCUGCGUGUUGGUGCCGUGCCGCACUGUGGCUUACAGUAAAGUCGCCUGGUACAAGUAUGUGAGCAGCGGAUACCCAACUGUGUACUCAGAUGACCACAGUGAGAUAUUAAGUGAGUUUAAGGGUAGGACAUCAGUCCCAGGAAGUGCGUCUGCCGGAGACUGCAGUUUAAGGAUUGACAACGUCCAGUACCAAGACAUGGAGGUGGGCCUGUACGUAUGGGUCUGGGAUAGAGAUGGGUACCACCAGGGAUUCUAUGAUGAUAAUCAAGUCAUCAAAAUAAAUGUCUUGAAUCCUACAUCACCUCAAAUAUCUGUUGAAAGGAAACAGAUUGAGGGAAAGACUUUUACUGCAACAUGUAAAUUCCGCCAUUCCUGCCGCUUAUCUUCACCAACGAUUAAGUGGCACGGAGCGAGUGUUAUUUCUAACACAUUGUCUGACCCAAAGGAAUCGGCGGGAUUAUGGGAAACUCAGGGAACUGCUACGUUCAGAGUAACUCAGGACACAAGUCUCAGCUGCAGCAGCUCUCUCAGUGGAACAUCUUACUCAAGUACUUCAGUUUUGAUUAAUGUCUUGUAUGCACCCAGGAAUGUAAGAAUAGAAUACACAAGAAGCAGCACUGUAGCUGAGGGUAACGCGAUCUCACUUCAAUGUACCAGCAACAGCAACCCUGCAGUCACAGACUAUGAGUGGGUCGUCACCCAAACCACCACCACCACCCGCUACAGAGAAAAUCCUCUUGUCCUUCAAAAUGUCAAGAGAGACACAUCUGUUUCCUGCAGCGCCACUAACUCUGUUGGAACGGGCCGAUCACAGCAGCUAUCUCUGAGUGUCGAUUAUGCCCCAACAGAUGUGAAAGUAGAUUACACAGGAAGAAGUUCUGUGAUCGAGGGUGGCCAGAUCUCACUUACAUGUACCAGUAUAAGCAGGCCUGCACCCACAUACUACAAGUGGUUCGUUUCCCCAAACAGCGUCACCUUCAGCCCCAGUGGAAGUACUGUUGUCCUUCAACAUGUGGCAAGAAACACGUCUGUUUCCUGCAUCACCACUAACUCUAUCGGACAGGGUGAAUCAAAGCAGCUAUCACUUAAUGUACAUUAUGCCCCAACGGAUGUGAAAGUAGAAAACAUAGGAAGCAGCUCUGUGGUCGAGGGUGGCCAGAUCACACUUAAAUGUACCAGUACGAGCAGGCCUCCACCCACGCACUACAAGUGGCUCAUUUCUCCAAACAGCGUCACCUUUAGCCCAAGUGGAAGUACUGUUGUUCUUCAACAUGUGACAAGAAACACAGCUGUUUCCUGCAUCGCCACUAACUCUAUUGGACAGGGCGAAUCAAAGCAGCUAUCGCUCAAUGUCCUUUAUCAGGGAUUCCGGUAUCUAUGCGAAUUAUGACCUACCAUUCUAAUUCAAGAUGAAUCAACAUGACAAGAUGUUUAACUGAGAAUGUUUUUUCCCUGCUGCAGUACAGGACUGAGAAUUAAUGGCGUUUACCUUUACAUUGCCCAAACUUCAAAUAUAAAUA